CCUCCUCUUCGUCUAGAGUCUUUUAUGCUGACUGUACUGGAUAAGAGUUGAGAGGCCUGUUUAGUUUGGCAGAUUCUGUUAGGGGGCAGAGCUACUGUAUACUCGCAUUCAGAGAGAAGGCGGCUGAUGCAAUCCCUGUGUAACUACAAGUACUCCUCAGCUUUCAGUCUACCAUCAACUGUGACCACAUGUAACCUUUAACAGACUCAAAGUGGUUAAGGUUUUCAACUGCCCACUUCCCACAGGCUGCCUCCCGCCCCUACUCCCCUUCUUUCCUACUUCAGAAGGUUUUUAUUCCUAAACAUACCCUCCAUAUAAGUAUUUGCAUUGCUUAAUGUAAUGCAGAAGCUCCCACACAAUCUUUUAUUCACAUAAUAAGUGUGUGUCAGAGGAAGCUGACCCAUCUGGAAACACUGCACGAGUUGCUCAUUGUGAACAGAUCACAUGUCUUUAAGUCUUAAUAGCACACUGUUUUCCGAGAUCUGAAGCUCUUCUAAAUGCAGAAUAUAUACACAAAACGUCUCUGGAUAUUUGACCGUCAACUCUUCACAACUAAAGACAUUAAGAGUAGUAAAUGUCUUAAGAAUUCAACUGUUUCUCUUAUUAGCACAAACAAGUUUGGACAGUGUAUGUGUUGUGCUCAGAAGCUUAUUAUGCAUCAGUGUUAUGAAUCAUGUUAUUGAGAGACUGUUUCUUAAAGCUUGUUUCCCUCAGGACACGGAUGCUAACCACAUGACAUUCUUUUUGCAGGAGGAGAGCUGCAUUUAACUCAGUUGUAACUGCAAAUCAUCAAUGCAUUUAUCUGUUGUUUUGUAGUUGUUGAUCCCCUUCAGACAGCUUGGUAUUUUUAGAGUGGGCUACAUCACUAUCAAAAUAGCUCAAGAAGACUGAUAAGAAGGUACAUGACAGAAACGCUGCAGUAAUUGCCUCCUGUCCAUUGCCUUUUCUAGUUCCCUAUCGUGAAGAUCACUUCCUUCCUCAGGCAUCAGUUUAGUUCCAACAGACAGUUAUACUUUUAUCUAAACGGUUCAAUCAGCCAUAUUUAACGAGCUGUCUCUGUGUUUAUCCUCUGACGGGUCAUACAGGUUUGUGCGACUUAGCCAGGUGCUGCUAUGUGUGUGUCCUUACUUAAAGCGCAACUUUCAUGGCCAUGGGCACCGUUUGUUUUGAAAUUCAGAGGGCAGAGGUAGAAACAUGCCCUGGGUAGGAACGGUGUGGUUUUCUGUUUGUGGCUACCUUGGUGUGUCUUAUAUGAAGUGAACAGCGGACUGACUGUCUAUUUGCUUAAGUUUAAAUUCAAAUUCUGUACACAGGGCUUUAUGCAUUUGGGAUAGAUGUGAUUAGGAGUAUUUGACUAAGCUUUGAAUAAGCCAUUUUCAAACUUGUGUCUAUAAUAAAGCAAGAUAAUAUUAAAAGGCUUAUGUCCAUACAGCGGUACAAAAGCACUCUGUGGACCGAUUAAGAGAGAUGACAGUGGUUUCUUGUUCAGUAUCACAAGGUCAGGGGUGACCGGGGGAAGGCUUGUGCUGAGGUUAGGGGUCGGUAACAGAUCAACAAAGAUACAGACAUAUUACUGUGACACUUCUUUCAAAGAGAAAUACUUGGUGUGUGUGUGUGUGUAGUGUUUCUGUAAACUUUCUCAAUGACCUUCUGUGUAGUUUACAAGGGCCACACCUCUACUGGCAUCAUUUUUUAUAAUUAAUUUAGUCAUUUUACAAAAGGAGUUGUGUGAUGGUAUUAAUGAAAAAUAUAUACUUUUGUGUUCCACAGUAAAAAAAAAAAAAAAGUCAUACAAGUUUGGAAUGACAUGAGGGUGAGUUUUUGUAUGAACUGUCCUUUAAGUAUAGCACCCUUUAUGUUAAUAAUACACAUUUGAUUUUUGAUUUUUAAUCAAAUUGGUUUUCCUAUCCAUGCAUGUGGUGUUUUCAUGUUGUGUAAAUCUCUAAGCCAGGGCCCAUUCUGUCAGAAAACACUUCCCAUUUUGAGAUCUGUUUCUUUAAGAGAAGAGGGAGGAGGAGUGUGGACAGGCUCUGGGUUUUGAACGCCUCUUUUUUUAAACAGAAAUUCCUCUCUCAAGAGUUUGGCAUUUCCUCUGAGCUCACACACUGAGAGCCUGCUCUCUCGUUUCACACAGUGCUCACUUGUGACAAAAGGGGGGAUUUUCAAACAUCCUGAAUGAGAGGACUCCUCUUGCCCUCGGCACAUGCUGCAUCCGCAAAGAAACUUCACUUGGAGAACUUCCCCUUACACAACAGUUUCUGGUUGAGAAGGCUAAAAGAACAUCAGCUUGGCCUUGUUUUCAGCAUCUGGAUGAUUGGUUUGGCAUGGGCUAGCCCUAACUUUUCCCACAGAGCUGGAGUAGACUGGAGGAGGAGGAGGAUGAGCGUUUACACUCUCAACCUCAGGUUGUUCUGGCCGCUGGUCACUUGUAUCCUCACCGCUCUUCUGCUACUGCACCAGUACAUCAUCGGCGGAUCCGAGGACCAAGGGAACGACUGCUCUGAUCAAGGACCUGGAGCUGUCACACUUUUCAAGUACAUCCUAGCAUUUAUCUUAUGUUAUUUCUUCAUAAAGUACUGCUCAACUCAACCUGGCUCUGCUAGGAGGGCUUUCCACAAAGUCCCGGAGGGGCACGGAAAAUUAGGUGUCUCUAAGAGAGAGCUACUGGACGAUCACUAUGAGAGGCAUGUGCGUCUCUCUCCGCAUGUGCUGGGCCACAGCAAAGCCCAUGUUGCCAAGCUGGUGAGUGAACUUGUAAAGGUCGGUCGCACCGAUGUCCCGCCGGAGUCUUCGCUGGCCUUCCGGGGUGACUUCAUCCAGAUCGGCAGUUCCUACGAGGAGCACAAGGUGGGCUCACCUGACUGCUUCGACAUCCUUGUGCCUCUGCGGGCACCUCGUGGGCUGAAACUGGAGGCCAGCGUUUGCACUGACAAACAUGGAGGGCCACCUCUGUGCGCGCUGAACACGCCUCGCAAGGCGGAGUGGGCACGUCGUCACAAGGCCUUCACGGAUUCGUUCAUGCACUUGCACAAUGCUCAAAGUGUCUAUAAGAUGAGCCCGGAUUCCGUACAGCGCUGGUUUUACACGGCCACCCAGCGCUGCCUCGCUACUUUCCGUUACCUGUUUGAGCAGCGCUGUUCCCUCAGCCUGUCUCUCAGUGAGGAGCAGCAAGUGCUCAUCCGUCUGACACCCCGCUCCGAUUAUGUCUGCUGCCACAUCUCCAUGGGCAUUCGGCUGAUUCCAGCCUUUCCUCUCGGUGAUGGUGCCUUCUUGGUGGCAUCCCAGCGGGCUCAGCGAGGAGAAGACCUUUGGACAGUGUACUUUCCCAGGCAGGAGCAGAGACUCCUGACAUGGCUAAAAGGUAGACUGCCCUCUAACUCCUGUCAUCUGAAGUGCCUUCAACUCCUAAAAGAGGUACGUAACCUCAGUGGGGAGACGCUGGACCAGAAGUCUGGAGCUGAAUGGGGAGGAGUGCUUUCGUCCUAUGCUCUGAAGACCGCCUGGCUUCGUUUGCUGCUCAGUACGCCCCCUGAGGCCUGGGAAGAGUGCAACCUUGUGGACCGGCUGGAUGAUCUUCUUCGCAGUCUAAGGGAAAGCCUACAGUCUCGGGCUCUCUGCCAUUUACUCCUUGGAGGCAUUAAUGGGCUUCUGCCAGACUCUGUCGUUCUACCCAAACUUGUGAGGGAGACUGUACCCUCCAACCUGUGGGCGGAAUUCAGUGACAUCACCCUUGAUAUGGUCUCCGCCCGACUGGCUUACUCAUGGAACCACCUCCCUCGCCUAAUUCGCCUCGGGAGACCACAGAGGACCAGCCUUGGCAGAGGUGUUCACUGCAAAUAUAUUGAUGCAGAGUAAAGGUCAACUAUAACUGGUGUUGCCGAACACAGCAAUGGUUUAUGUUUUCAGAAAUUAAUGUCACAUAUCUUUUUUUUUUUUUUUUGCAUCUGACUUUUCAAAAUUAAGUUUAAUUUGGGGAUUGUUUUUCUCAAAAGGAAGCAGUCAAAGCACUAGAUUAGAGCACAAUAGUAGCAUUCAGUAGGUAUAGCAAUACUUUUAACAAAUCAGUCUUAGUACUGUACAAAUCAGUAUUGUACUGUAAUUGCAGGACAGACUUUGAAAAGCAAGGUCUGCAGAAAGGUACUGUAUACCUCCAGGAGCAGGGUUGGAGAUUAGGAUUUAGGUGUUUGGACAUGAAACUGAUGCGUUUGAGAGCUGCUAGACUUGUGUUGACUCAGGGUGACCAUGUUGUCAUGGUUAUGGGGUAGUGAGCAGUCAAAACAGCAUAUACACCAAAGAUUUUCCACACACACACACAGUAUUAGUAAUGCCAGCCUAAACAGAUGAACAUCCUGUUUUGAAGGGAAUAACUGCAGUGUGACCACUGUAAAAAUCAUCUGCUGUGUCUUACAGAACCAGAUAUUUUCUUUAUUUUGAAUGAAUGAAUGAAUGAAUAAUGUUUCAUAACUGUAGCAAUUUCAGUAUUGCUUAAUUGAUUGUUAAAGUGUUCCUUUGAUAUGUCAAAUCAUAAUUAGUGCUUUAGUUCACCUCGGUUUAAUACAUUAAUUGGCACACUCGAGAAUAAGGCACUGAUGGCAUAGCUUCACUUCAUCUUGCCUGUCUACAGGGACCCCGUUAUGUGUGCACGUGAUCUUUCCCUCAGAGACAUGGCUCUAUAGGUUGUCACCAUGGAGACUACCUCAGCCCAGGGUCACUUAUUUAUGCAAUAGCUUUAGUUUUAAUGGCUGAUUGCAUUUACUUUCACAAAGGCAGCAGAGAUCCGUAUUGAUCUUUUGUUGGUACUGAGUGUUACAGGGUUAGUUUGUUGGUCUCUUUCCUGCUUAAACCUCGUCCAUCUACCUGUUAUUAAACUAAGUGUUCAUGGUCAUUUAUGUCAGACAUAUCUUAGUUUUAUCAACUUUGCAGGGAAAUGUUUGUGGUACCUAAGCAAAUUUCUUUGAAGCUUAUUUUUGUCUGUUCUCGAAAAGCGGAACAGAAAAUGAAAUAAGGAAAUGAAAAAGAACAUGCUCUAAAAACAAUGCUUAAAUGUAGUCCUAAAACAAGCAAUAUAAAAUACAGAUUAACUAAUGUUGAAUGUAUAUGUAUAUUAAUGUAUAUGUAAUUUAAUGUAUAUUUGGUACUGUAUGUGAAUGUAAGUUGAUUGUAAAAGAAAUUGUACUUGAUGUACAUAGAGUAAAACAAUCUGUGUGUAUUUAUAUAGUAGAUAUAAUUUAUACAUGUAUUUUAAUACAUGAAUUGAAAUAAAUAUCUAUAUUUUGGACUGCA